GAAAACAUGGAAGCGAUUUGAGACCAAGCAUUUGCGGCAUGGUACGGAUUUUUUUGAGAAGCUCUUGGGCGUAUUUGGAAAGGACUCCUUGGAGAAGAUUGUACAGGAUGCAACGAAGCUCAAGGUAAAGUCCAUAUAUGAGUCACGACUUCAGAAUGGCAUGCUUUCCUUGGCAGUGGAUUUUGAUCUUACUUGCAUUCAAGAAAGGCACCAGUUGAGAGAUGCGGUGCUGGGUGAUGACUUGGUGGUUUCACUGAAUGAUGCUUUGGAAAAACGUGGAUUUACAGAGCAGCUGGCCGUGGAUAACACCGUGUUUUUUCAACAAUACGCGGCAAGCCUGCUGACUUUCUCACAGUUGACGGAUCACCAAACGGAGAAACUCAAGGAACUUUCCAGAUAUUUACAUGAAGACGUCCAUCUGUCGGCCCCAGCUGGAGGAGGGAAGACUUUUUUGGCAGUCCGGCACGCGAUGAACAAACUCCGGUCGAGCAGCAAGGGGAAGAUCCUCUUCAUCUCCCCGAACCGCCCCCUGUGUUUUCAUUUCGUCCAUUGGCUGCUAAUGCAUGCAAGGUCUUCACUACCAAAGGUGUCUAGAAACAAGCUAUUGCAAAGGCUUGUUUUCAUGCACGCGCCCUAUGACAGCUUCACGAGAGCACAGAUUGCUGCAGACUCGUACAUUGUUUUGGAGGAAUUGAAGGCUAUGCCAGAUGAUUUGGUUCUCGCAAUUUUUGAUGAGGCUCAUGCAAUAUUCAGGACGAAUCAGGGCAUAUUCCAGGAAGUUCAUGCCCAGCGCAAAUUGGUACUUUCAGACCGUUCCCAGUCCUUCUUACUGGAAACCAAGUAUCCUGAAAUGCGCCGGGUGCAUCUCACCGAGGUGGUGCGCAGUACAAAACGACUUGUACUUGGAGCCAAUGCAUUUCAACUACAAGAUGAGCCAAUCACAUGUCUUGGCACAACUGGUCCUCCAUUGAAGUCAUUCAUUUUCGAGUCCCCCAAAGGGGUCGAUCACGACUUCUUUACGCAAUUUGCUGAUCAUACAGUGAAAGCACUGUGGUUCAUUAUGUGCACACACCCCAGUAUUAGGCUCGAUAGGCAUGUGGCAUUGCUUGUACCAGAUGAAGAGUUCUACAGGCGUUUCAGGUUCCAUCUUGAGGAUCGCCUAGAAGCAGCUUUUGCACCAUCUUACAACAUUCAUCUCAUUUCAUUUGAGGAUUCUUUACGCUUCUUACCGGAGACGGCACAUCAGGACAGGAAAAGAGAUGAACUUAUCCUUGACUGGGACAGCAACGCGACGGGUUUGGAGAUUUUGUUUGUCGUUUGCAUUGGAUUUGAUGUGGAAAUCGCUGGUGAACUUGACAAUUUCACUAGGGCACGGUUGUACCACGCGAUCACAAGAGCACAGCUGCAAGCCAUAGUUGUGGACCGAUUGGUCCAGGGUGGUUGGUUGGCGUACCUCACUACCCUGAAACUCCGGGAGAUGACCUUUCGAUUGGGUGAUGCAGAAUCGGAGAUCAAUGAGGAUGCAGCUCUGCGAAUAGUGAUGGAAGCAGCUCAAUCCGAAGCUGAUUCAAAUCAAGAAGCGGACACCAAGGCUACCUCUCCAUUGUCGCUUCGUGGUUCGUGGGUGUGGGAUACUUCGGCCAACAUUUCCAAAGCAGAUGCUGACAAGCUUCGUUUCGACCCCAUGGCACACCGGGAUGGCAUCAGAGCAAGGCCCCAGGCCAGUCUCAUCGAGUAUUUCUUGAAGGAUUACAAGAGCGGCGGCGGCUUUCAGCACGACGCGUACAAGCAUGACGCGGACGGUUGGUGCUGGAUCCACAAGAAAUCAGGCAUCAAGGUGUGGCAGGAUGCCCUGGACCUCACACAGUCCGGUGGAACUGGCGAAGUCAAGUGCCUCUUCCACUACACGUCUCAGUUGGGGUUCCGAAGCAUCACUGCUCCGAGCGUCUUGGCUUCCCUUCAUACAGAAGGUGAAAAAACUAAUGCUUGGUGGGGACGAGGAGUCUACUGCGUAGCAAAGGCUCCCCACCAAUGGCCAGAUGUGGCCGCCAUCAUUGACAAUAAUUAUCGAAAUGUGUACAAAAGAGACGUGGAACUGAAAGGAAGCGAGUUUGCAGAUCAGGAGUACGCCUCCCGUGUGGCUUACUGUAUGCCAAUAUUGGCCAACGCCAUGAUGUGCUACGAUGUCUCGGUUCGACAGACACCGGAGAUGCUUGAGAAGGGCAUGCCUCCCGGCGUGAACCUGGCAGGAAAGCAGCUCAAUGAACCUGGGCAGCCAGAAAGGCAGUGUGUGGUGAUCCGCGUGGAAAGGGAGGAUGGAGUGGGCAACGCCAGGGCUAUACUGUUGGACACGCUGCGAUGCCGUGCAGACGCCGCAGCCGAAAGAUUGGGCCCCGAGCACGACGAAGCGCUUUUGGCACUGAGCCGGCUCGCGCACGUGCUGAUGCACCGCGGUGCCUUCGCGGAAGCGGAGCCGCUGCGGCGCCGAGUCCUGGACGCCCGGGAGCGGCGCUGGGGCCCCGAGCACCGCCUGGGGAAGCUCUCAGAGGCGGAGGCCCUUUUUCGCAGAUGUCUUCGUGCGCGCGAGGUGAGGCUUGGUGCGCACCACCCGGAGACGCUCACCUCCGUGAGCAACCUGGCGGUGCUCUUGCGGCAGCAGGGGAAGAUGGAGGAGGCGGACAAGCUGCAGUGCAAAGCCCUCGCCUUGGAGGAAGCGCAGCUGGGGGCGAACCAUCCCCACACGCUUCAGUCGAUCAACCACCUUGCUGCCCUCCUGCAGACGCAGGGCAAAUUGCAUGAGGCCGAAAAGCAGCUCCGCCGGGCCUUGGCAGGUGGAGAGAGAGAACUGGGACCGCAACAUCCCGAAACGCUCGCAUACGCGAACAGCUUGGCCCUUCUCUUGCAGAAACUGGGCAAAAUGGAGGAGGCAGAGGACCUUCUUCGUAGGGCCCUGGACGGGCGAGAGGGUCAGCUGGGCAUGCAUCAUCCAACAACCCUCGGAUCCGUCUACAACCUCGCAGCUCUUUUGGAGGCCAAAGGCUCCUUUGGAGAGGCGGGGCAGCUCUAUCUCCGCGAGUUGCAUGGCAUGGAGGAGAGAUAUGGGCCGGAGCACGAAGAGACGCUAAGGAGCCGCCACAACUGCGAGCGAUUCGAGCAAGAGCAUGGAAUCCCCAUUAUUCGCUGAAGGCAAUGGGAAACGAAUUGUGUCUCCAAGACGCUCACAGGCGGUCAGCGCAUGUCAGCCUGCUUCACAUUGAGCCGCACUCAUUGACAUUUAAUUCCUACCGCAUGGUGCUUUGAGCGUUCCAUGCGUCAAUGAAAACGGUAAACAGUACAUGACGGUAUGCGUACCACAAUG